AUCAUUAACGCGAGAUGACAUCGGUUUCAGAAUCGUGGGGCGACGGGCUGAGGAACGAGGCGGAGCGAUCUCAGACGGUGCCGCGACGAUCGUAUCAGCAACGACUGCAGCAGCAUCUACGGAAGACGAUGGAGAACGCGGUCGGCUCGCACGGCCGGCGGUAUCACUGUCCGAAAUGCGAGAAGUCCUUCUCGCAGAGCUACUCGAUGUACCGGCAUUACAGAUACGAGUGCGACUCACUGCCGCGUUAUCAGUGCCCGUAUUGUGGCCACGUCAGCAAGUGGUCCCACUCGAUCUACAAUCAUAUCAGGAAAAUCCACCCGGGACAGAAGGUCACGCUGAACAAGCUCUACUAGUCCAAGGCGGGGAAGAACGCUGUACGAUAUACCAUAAUAAGACACAUAUCAGUACACGCGAUCGGCAAUAAACUCAAAAUCGUUUCACUUGCGUGUUCCUUGAGGGCAGUGAAUGUUCCUGUUUAAACGGCGUUUGCUCGAUGUGUGUUAUUCACUCGAAGGUUGAUCGGCCGUUCGUAUCUGUAGAUCGAGAUGGAGAGCUCUCGGAGGAAAAAUUUAACCGUGAAUUACAUCGACAACUAUCGUUAAUAAUACUUGUCCUGUAUGACUGUCCUAUCCAAUAUUACGAAAAUAAAAUAAAUUGAAGUGUUUUAUGGUUUUAAAUGUAACGAGCUUAAUUCUACGCUUUGAUGCCGAAGAAGCUCGGCCGAUGUAACACGCACUAUGCAGGCUUAGGUUCUCGAGCAGAUGAAAUCGAGGCAAUCUUCUUCGAUCGUUCCCGAGGAGAAGGAGGCAUCCUGAAAUUCCUGCGCGUUUCCCGUCCUCUCUUCGCUGCUUCUCGAAAUUCUCCCGCUAUUAAGAGUAUACGAGGUUGCGUGGUCGGCCGCUCUAAUACAGAACCCCGUCUCUAUUUGUGCUUGCAGACUUCAGGCCGAUCGUCCUGCAGAAGUAUCACGGCGUUGUGCGGAAUUCUCGUCACACGUUAAGACUUCAACCCUCCGUGAACCGGCGCGGCUUCCCCUGUCCCAGGUGUGCCCGUGUCUUCCGCACUUCCGGCGGCAUGAGCCGGCACUACCGGCUCGAGUGCGUCGACAUGCCGCGCUUCAAGUGUCCGCACUGCGAAAUGCGUAGCAAGUACACGCAGGCUGUAUACAGGCACAUCCGGGCGAAGCACCGCAACAUGGAGCUGCGAUUCGUCAAGCUGUAUUAGACGCUUUCUGUAUUAGACGAUUUCUGAGACUGAUGUAGUUUAAUUUAUAUAUACGUACACCAGAGUUAAAUCUAUCCCUCUCAGAAACAAGAUACCUUCCCUCCCUUCUCCCUCUCUUCCUCUUUUAGGAUGUUUCAAAGAGGAAAUUUAUAUCGCAGAUACAAAUACGGUUCAAUUGGUCGCAUGAGAUUAAUAAAUUGUUUUAAGUAUAAAUCUCAUAAUGAUGAUGACUGAUUUUGCGCUAAAUUUUAUGAAGAUAUAAUACAAUAAUUCUGAUACUUUCCAUAAAUAUUGACUAUCUAGCUUCUAAUUGGUAGAUUUUUGUGAAAUAAGAAAUUAAUUUUAUAUUUGGCAAAUUACUUAUGAUUGACGUGAUUACUUAUUUUUGUUUUGAUAAUAUAGGUAAUCAUAUUCGCUGAAAAAAAUAUUCAAACGAUAAAAACUAUAGUUGUGCCCAAAUGACAAGUUUCUGUGAUAAAGCCGUGAAAGUUUUAACGUUGCGUUACAGAAUGUAAUUACUAUAUCUAAUUUAUGUUAAUUAUAUGCACAGACGAAAGUAAUCGUUAUUAGAAAUUGGCGCAGAUUGGUGGAUCGGCGCGAUUCGAGUUUUGGAAAUACUUUAUACGCGUGUGAAAGAUGCGAAUAUUUAUAAUAUAUCAAAGAAUUUGCAUGUGGUUCGCCUAUGAGGAAGUAUAGUCAUUUUUAUUUUCUCUCACGGGGUUUCUCAUGUACAUACAUACGUAGUUUCCUAACCACGUUGGAAAUAAGCAUAAUGAUCUUCAAGCGUUGUUCCUUAACUUUAACUGAUAAUGUGGAAAAUAUUGACACAUGAUGAGAUAAUGAGAGAUUUCCCAGAUUUUUUAUUUCUCUUCGAUAUUUUUUUUUGACGAGACAGAAAUAUCAAAUUACUUUUUUAAUUAUCUCUGUUGAUUGUUUAAGAUGUAGAAACGCAGAAAUAGAAAAAGAGUUACUUCUCGUACAAAUAAUAGGUAAAAAGCAAAGUUUGAAAUCUGCGAAAUCCCAUGUAUUUCAUUAAGAAUCAAAUUCGUAUAUUCUAAUAGAAACAAAACGGUCAUAAAUAAGUUUUGUAUAAUCAUAUAAUACAUAUAUAUACUUGAAAUCUGUUUGAAAUGCACAAGAUAAUUUAUGCAUUGUCGUUUUUACAAAGUUACAAUUUUCAGUUAAUUGCGAACAGUAUGUGCGUUAUUUUGAAGUUAUAUUAGAUCAUGGGGAAUAAAUUAUAUUCAUUUUUUA